UGCCUGCCGCUACCAAUCUCAACUUAUGUAAGUUCACCCCCACUGUUUGACAAUAUUCACGCGUUAAGUAACUCCGUCGUAGUCAAAAUUUGCUCGAAAUGUUGUUAAAAUUCGCCAAAACCCUGCCGAUUCUACCUCAAACGUCCGCUUUCGCGGCGAACUGCAUCCGGCCACUGUCCACCACCAGGCGCAGCUUCUCCACAACAGAUAUCAACGCACGCCAAGAACUACAGCUCACCUAUCUCACCGAGGACGACAAGCAGGGCAUCGCCGUCCUUGGACUAAAUCGUGCGAAAGCUCGAAACUCUUUCAGCCGCUCGCUGGUAGAUCACCUGCUAGAAUCCAUCGAAGUGCUUGCUCACGAUAAGAAUGUCCGAGUGGUCAUUCUGCGCAGUUUGGUACCGGGAAUUUUCUGUGCUGGUGCCGAUUUGAAGGAACGGGCCACCAUGACCCAACAGGACGUGGGACGGUUCGUAACCAAGUUGCGUCUGAUGAUGACCAAUAUCGAACAGCUGCCCGCUCCGGUUAUUGCGGCCAUCGAUGGCCCAGCCCUGGGAGGAGGAUUGGAGAUGGCACUGGCUUGCGAUAUGCGGGUUGUGACCAGCAAUGUCAAGUUGGGACUGGUUGAAACCAAGCUGGGAAUAAUUCCCGGAGCCGGUGGAACUCAACGUCUUCCGAGAAUCUUGAAUCCGGCGAUUGCCAAGGAGUUGAUCUUCACAGCUCGCCAGAUCUCCGGGGAGGAGGCCAAGUCGUUGGGGAUUGCUAACUAUGCUGUGACGCCGAACGAAGAUGGGGAUGCUGCAUUCCAGAAAGCCCUGGAGUUGGCCAUGGAGAUUGUUCCAAACGGGCCGGUUGGAGUGAGGAUGGCCAAAAAAGCGAUCGAUAAGGGACUUCAGGUUGAUCUGGCCACUGGAUGUGCCAUUGAGGAGGCUUGCUACGCGCAGAUCAUUCCCACCAAGGAUCGACUGGAAGGGUUGAAGGCGUUUGCGGAGAAGCGCAAACCAAAAUUUGUUGGAGAAUAAGACGUAAUUUGUUUUGUUUUUAACCAGGUUUGUUAACGUAACGGCUAUGUGAUACGAAAGUGCAUUUAUUUUUCUAUUAAACAGAAACCGGCUGAAAGCUAAAAAA